AUUCCAAGAUUCCCCAUGGCAGUUGAGUCCUUUCUUGAGUCUGACUCUAGGGAUGUGGCGGGACACCUGGGAGGAGUUUUCUGUGGGCAGAGGGCAGCUUCAGAGUUGGGUGAGGUGGGCCUCAGGCACCUCACGUCUCCCUGCAGCUUCCUGCUAGCCCUGUUCCCCAACCCCAGUUCCUGUGUGGGGACCCAGUCCCUGGAUCCACCAAGGUCAGCUUCCAAAAGCUUUCUAGAGGUGCCAGGAGAGAAUUGUGUGGCUCAGAAGGGCUGGACAUCUGCCCUCUGCUUCCUGGCUUUUGGCCUGCGAACAGUCACUUCCUCCAUCCUGAAUACAAGGAGCAGGCCACCGGUGGGUCACUUCCUCGCCGUGGGAGCAUGGGAUUUUGACCUCAUUGGUGCUGGUGAAGAUGCCUGGUGUCAGGGCUGUGGGGACCAUAUUGCUCCAAGCCAGAGGCUGUACCGGACUGUCAAUGAACUCUGGCACAGCUCUUGCUUCCGGUGUUCAGAAUGCCAGGAUUCCCUUACCAACUGGUACUAUGAGAAGGACGGGAAGCUCUACUGCCACAAGGACUACUGGGGGAAGUUCGGGGAGUUCUGCCACGGGUGCUCCCUGCUGAUGACAGGGCCUGUCAUGGUGGCCGGAGAGUUCAAGUACCACCCAGAGUGCUUUGCCUGUAUGAGCUGCAAGGUGAUCAUUGAGGAUGGGGAUGCAUAUGCCCUGGUGCAGCAUGCCACACUCUACUGUGGGAAGUGCCACAAUGAGGUGGUGCUGGCACCCAUGUUUGAGAGGCUGUCCACGGAGUCUGUUCAAGAUCAGCUGCCCUACUCUGUCACGCUCAUCUUCAUGCCGGCCACCACCGAGGGCAGGCGGGGCUUCUCCGUGUCCGUGGACAGUGCCUGCUCCAACUACGCCACCACCGUGCAAGUGCAAGAAGUCAACCGGAUGCACAUCAGUCCUAAUAAUCGCAAUGCCAUCCACCCUGGGGACCGCAUCCUGGAGAUCAACGGGACCCCUGUCCGCACACUCCGCGUGGAGGAGGUAGAGGAAGCAAUUAACCAGACGAGCCAGACACUUCAGCUGUUGAUAGAGCACGACCCGGUCUCCCGGCGCCUGGAUCAGCUGCGGCUCGAUGCCCGGCUCUCUCCCCACAUGCAGAAUACAAGACACUCGCAUACCCUCAGCCCCCUGGACACGAAGGAAAAUCUGGAAGGGACCCUGAGGAGACGCUCCCUGAGGCGCAGUAACAGCAUCUCCAAGUCCCCUGGCCCCAGCUCGCCCAAGGAGCCCCUGCUGCUCAGCCGUGACAUCAGCCGCUCAGAAUCCCUCCGCUGUUCUAGCAGCUACUCACAGCAGAUCUUCCGGCCAUGUGACCUGAUCCAUGGGGAGGUCCUGGGGAAGGGCUUCUUUGGACAGGCCAUCAAGGUGAUUCACAAAGCCACGGGCAAAGUAAUGGUCAUGAAGGAGUUAAUUCGAUGUGAUGAAGAGACACAGAAGACUUUUCUGACUGAGGUGAAGGUGAUGCGCAGCCUGGACCAUCCCAAUGUGCUCAAGUUCAUUGGUGUGCUGUACAAGGACAAGAAGCUGAACCUGCUGACGGAGUACAUUGAAGGGGGCACGCUGAAGGACUUUCUGCGCAGUGUGGACCCAUUCCCUUGGCAGCAGAAGGUCAGGUUUGCCAAAGGCAUCGCUUCUGGAAUGGCCUAUUUGCACUCCAUGUGCAUCAUCCACCGGGAUCUGAAUUCUCACAACUGCCUCAUCAAGUUGGACAAGACUGUGGUGGUGGCAGACUUUGGGCUGUCCCGGCUCAUAGUGGAAGAGAGGAAAAGACCCUCAGUGGAGAAGGCCACCACUAAGAAACGCACCUUGCGCAAGAGUGACCGCAAGAAGCGGUAUACGGUAGUAGGAAACCCCUACUGGAUGGCUCCUGAAAUGCUGAAUGGAAAGAGCUACGAUGAGACAGUGGAUGUCUUCUCUUUUGGGAUCGUUCUCUGUGAGAUCAUUGGACAAGUGUAUGCAGAUCCUGAUUGCCUGCCCCGUACACUGGAUUUUGGCCUCAACGUGAAGCUCUUCUGGGAGAAAUUUGUCCCUACAGACUGCCCCCCAGCCUUCUUUCCCCUAGCCGCUAUCUGCUGCAGACUGGAGCCUGAGAGCAGACCAACCUUCUCAAAACUGGAGGACUCCUUUGAGGCGCUCUCUUUGUACCUGGGAGAGCUAGGCAUCCCACUGCCUGCAGAGCUGGAGGAGCUGGACCACACUGUGAGCGUGCAGUAUGGCUUGACCCGGGACUCGCCCCCCUAACCCUGGCCCAGCCCCCUGCAGGGGGGCGUUCUACAGCCAACGUUGCCCCCUCUGCGCCCCAUCCCAGGGCCGUCCAGGUUUCCUGUGGAUCGGUGGCUUGUUGAGAGGCAGAACAAGCCAUCUCUACUACCUCCUCAGGAGGCGAGCGGGCGCAGCACCAGGGAAACAUAUCUCCACAGGUUUUGGGGCCUGGUUGCUGUCUGAAAAUCCAACACUCGCCUGAAAGCUGUGAAGAUUUAAAAAAAAAAGAAAGCCUGGACUCUAGGCUAGGAAGAAUCUGUUACUUGGGACCACUUGGGAACUCCCUGGUUGUGGAUCCUUGGAGGCUUAUGCUUACACUACACAGGACCUAGAUCUGCUGAGCAGGAUCCAGGGUGAAGCUCCCUGUGGGCUCUGAAGCCUCUGGUCCAGUUGUGUGCAAGAGGACUUCAAGUGGGAGUACGACCAUGAAAAAGACUGGUGGCCAGGUGGCACUUGAAGGAUGCAAAAUGACAAUGAUGUUCCCCUCUUCCACUCCAGGUCCUGCCCUCCCUGGAGCAGAGGGAGGGAGUCGGUUUUGAAGAGUCCCUUAGUCAGUGUACGGUGGAACUGGCCAGGAGUCAGGGAAAGGACUGGUUUCUGAUCACUUGCUAGUGGGUGACUUUAGCCAGCCUAGGGACCACAUCAAUGUGAAGGGGAGCUUCCAUCUCAUGUUCUCAAACUAUACUACUGGAGACUGGCUGAGAACUUCCGAGUGACAUCCUCUAUCUCAACAAGCAGUCGUAGCACAGUAAGAGGCUGGAGGCUGGGAAGCUCUACCCUAUAGAAAGCCCGUGUCCUCUCGAUGCUAUCACUCGAUGGUCUCCUCAGUCAAAAGCCCAAGACAUUUUGCCUAGAGCUAGAUGGGCUCUGGAGUACAGUGUGGCUUGUCACGGUCCGGGGUCUGAGGAAAGAGAAGAGAGUUUUCUGCAAUCCCUUGACCUCAGCCACUGCUUAGCCUCAGCCUGCCUGCUCUGGAGAGCAGUUUAGAUUGGGAAGAGGUGGUUGCAGAGUCCCAGAGCUGAAAUGCUGAGAGAGCCAUCCCCUGAGCUGGGCCAUCUAACUUCUACCCUCGACCUUCCCUUGUCGGCUGGCCCAGCUCAUAGCUUCUGGCUACAACUUCCUGAGCCAUAUUCCAGGGCCAUGGGCACUGGAAAGCCCAGGGGGCACCCACUCCACCUUGGUUUCCAGACUUCCAAGGACUCAACAGCACGAGAUUUGCCUCCUCCUAAGUGUGAGCUUGCAACAUAUUUAACAAAUCGGGAAUGGGCUUGGGGUAUAUAAAUGCGAUGAGUGGUGGUUGUAUGGGGGGUGAUCCAGGAGAAUGGUUGCUGUUAAUAUUAUCUUGUUGUUAUAUCUAUUGGGUGAUAUGUGAACUGUUGUACAUAGACCAGAUGAGUUGUGGGAUAGGAUGUCAUCUCUGGCCAGAAUUUGCUUGCUGUGUAGACUAUACUCACGUGUGGAGUUGCAAGCUUGCUGAAAGGUUGAAUUGUGGACUCCCGGCAACAGCAUGGUUCAGCAUCAUGUGGCUGGUUGUGCUUCAGCUAUCCCCAGCAAGUCUGGGAAUAGGGGCCCUGAGCUGGGUCAUUGGGCAGACUAAAUAAAUUAAGCAGUUAACGUAACUGACAA